GUGAAACGCGACGGCCGUCGCGCGAGACCGAUCCGCUUGCCUGUCCACGGGGCCUCCUACGAAUGGAUCAACAUGGCGCCGCACCCGGCGGCUACCGCGCAGGCGCUGCUACGGCGUGAUGCUACAGAUGGCGAUACUCGCGCGUGAAGUUACGAUUCUCAGAGACAUCGGGCUGUGUUUAGUGCAGCCAUAUUUUGUGCCAUCAGCUGAUGCAGCUCUUUUACAUGUGUCUGGAAAACCUUCGAAUCUCGUCGCUCGUCUAUACCGAAGUGAACACGAACGUCAAAAUUUUAUAGUCAGAGACAAGUCUGCCAAUUAAAACUGGCAACUGUCGAGCGAAAGUAAUAUAACAUCCGGAAUAUAAAGCUGUAGACUAAUUGAAGUUAUUUGAAGCUAUAUUAUCAGCCAGACUAUACAGUAAUUAGUCAAGGGAUGGAGAUCUGCAUUGAUUCUUUGGAGUCCGCUAGAAACGCGGUAGAAGGUGGUGCCAGCCGGCUGGAGGUUUGCUCAGCACUAUCGGAGGGUGGUUUGACGCCUAGCCCGGGCUUAAUUCAACAAAUAAGAAACCUCACGACGAUUCCGCUUUACGCCAUGAUUCGCAUUCGCUGCGGCGAUUUCGUCUACAGUCCAGAGGAGAUCAACGCCAUGUUGCACGAUUUGAAGAUUCUCAAGGAGCAUCACGCGAACGGAUUCGUUUUCGGCGCAUUAACCUCCGAUUGCGAGAUAGACGUUGUCGCAUGCGAGAAGAUUGUCACCGCCGCUCGUCCCUUGCCGGUGACGUUCAGUCGCGCCUUCGACCUGACGACUGAUCCGAUCAAGUCGAUGGAACUCCUCGCCGAUCUCGGUUUCCAGAGAAUUCUGACAUCGGGACAGAAGAAUACCGCCCAGGAAGGAUUAGAGUUGAUAAAAAUAUUAUUGCCGAAGGCCGGAAAGCUAGUGAUUAUGCCCGGAGCUGGCAUCACGAAGGAUAACAUUCGUGAAAUCAUAAAAUCCGGUGCCAAAGAAUUCCACGCAUCAGCGAAGAAAAGAAAACUCGUAAUCCACGGCGCGAAUAGAGUCAGAAUGGGAACCAACGAGGACGACUUUGUCAACGUAACUGAUAAGGAACUGGUGAAAGAAUUAGUUGAUAUCAUCAAGGAAGAAUGUACUGCCUCAUAACAAUGGUUUUAUUUUCGUAAAAUCAAAUUAUAAUUCUAGAUUAGAAGGAUAUUAUGACUCGCAUAACUUUUACAUAGCUAAAGGAUACUGAGCGAGGAGGAAAUUAAACUUGAUAAAAAAAUAUUUAUCAUUUUCCGUCUACCGGCCUUGUCGAUUGUCUUUUAGUGUUUUGCUGAUAUUACAAAAUAAAUUAAAGAUUUUCACGACACAAUUAUUCGCUGUAGCUUAGUCCAUUAAACUCACUUUCGCGGACAUUUCGCCGCGCGGAGAUUUCGACGAUGAGUAACGAAGAAAGCUCGAUGCCCACCACUAUCAUGAAUGUGAAGCGUGACAAUCGUUUCUCAACGAUGCGAAACGUCGUAAGGCUCUUUUGCACUUUAUACAACUCAAUCGUGCCUGAAUAUCGUACAAUGUAAUGAUUGUGUAAGUAAAUCAAUUACGUGAUGCUGCAACUA